AGCAAAGCGAAAGGAAGAGGGAAGAAGAGUAUCAACAGAAACCCUAGAUUACGCCAGCUACUGUUACUACUGCUCUCGCAAUGGAACCGGAAGAUAAUGCUGCGGGAGCUGUUAUCGGGGACGAAGAGAUCCACGCCAACGGCCGGGAUGAAAGCGAUUCGCAGCGCCACCGCCCCAUCAUCAGCGGCGAGCAACUCGACAUCGAGGCCUAUGCCGCGCUCUAUACAGGCCGCACGAAGACUACGCGCCUCCUCUUCAUCGCGGAUAAAUGCGGCGCCCCUUCGAUGGAGCUGGAGGCUCUGCGGAUGGCGUACGACGAGAUCAAGAAGGGCGAGGACACGCAGCUCUUCAGAGAAGUUGUCGGGAAGAUCAAUGGAAGAUUGGGCCCGAAUUACGGCCUGGAUGAUGCCUGGGCUGAUGCCGUGGACCGACGGGCCGAGUCGAGAAAGGAGAAGCUUGAAAAUGAACUCAAUGCUUACAGGACAAAUUUAAUCAAGGAGAGCAUUCGGAUGGGGCACAAUGAUUUUGGGGAUUUCUUUUAUGCACACGGCAGGCUUGGUGAAGCAUUUAAAAAUUAUGUCCGCACACGUGACUACUGCACAACCUCGAAACAUAUAAUUCAUAUGUGUCUAAAUGCAAUUCUGGUUAGCAUUGAGAUGGGUCAGUUUACUCAUGUUACAAGUUACGUUGGAAAGGCUGAGCAAGCUGUGGAUGGCUUGGAUCCUGUUACAAUUGCAAAACUACGUUGUGCUGCUGGAUUGUCUCACCUUGAAGGGAAAAAAUAUAAGCUUGCUGCUCGAAAGUUCCUGGAAGUUGGCCCAGAACUUGGGAACAACUACACUGAAAUAAUUGCACCCCAAGAUGUUGCAACAUACGGUACUCUCUGUGCACUCGCAAGCUUUGACCGAUCAGAACUGAAGAGCAAAGUCAUCGAUAACACUAAUUUCCGGAAUUUCUUGGAAUUGGUACCCGAGAUAAGGGAGCUCAUUAAUGAUUUCUAUACUAGCCAUUAUGCUUCCUGUCUGGAAUAUCUAGGAAAUCUCAAGACAAACUUGUUGCUUGAUAUCCAUUUACAUGAUCACGUGGAAACUCUAUACGAGCAAAUACGUAACAAGGCACUGAUUCAGUACACACUUCCUUUCGUCUCUGUGGACCUUAAUAUGAUGGCAAAUGCCUUCAAUACAAGUGUUACGGGCCUGGAGAAAGAACUUGAGGCCCUGAUCACUAAUGACCAGAUACAGGCUCGGAUUGACUCUCAUAACAAGAUUCUUUAUGCUCGGCAUGCUGAUCAGAGGAAUGGGACGUUCCAGCGCGCCCUGCAGACUGGCAAUGAAUUUGAUCGUGAACUCAGAGCAAUGCUUUUGAGAGCAAACCUCAUCAAACAUGAUUACAACCUUAAGGGACCGCGGAAAUAUUAAGCUGGGGUCUGUGUGAAAGGGAUAGCUGCUACUUCGAUGGAGGUUGAAAAUUUGAAGCUUGGAAGAGGACUAUUGACAUCGUUGAAUCUUCUAUAGCGAACGAUUUGCUUCAAUCAUAUUAUGCUUUUGAUAAAAUGGGAAUUAAAAGCCAUGGGAGCUUGUGCAAACCACAUUGAUUUCUUGAAAAUUUUCAACUUCGAAGUUUAGAGCAAUUUGAUUUGUAAUCAUUGUAGAUUCUCUGUUCAUAGUCUGAGGUGUUACUCAA